AUGAAGUCCGUGAUUGUUCUGUGUUUCGUCGCCUUAAUGGCCUACGCAUCCGCCCGCCCUGAGCAGUACACUGACAAGUUCGACAAUGUCAAUCUGGACGAGAUUCUUGACAACCCCCGACUGCUCUUGCCUUACCUGAAGUGUAUCACUGACGAGGGAAAGUGCACACCAGACGGAAAGGAGCUUAAAGCCCACAUCCAAGAAGCCCUUCAAGAGGACUGCCUUAAGUGCACAGACUUCCAGAAACAGAACUCAAACCGCGUCCUCGCUAAAGUAAUCAACGAGCAACCCGAUUACUGGAACAAAAUCAAGGCUAAAUACGACCCAGAGAACAACUACGCCCCUAAAUACGAAAAGGAGCUGAAGAAGAACUAA